AUGGCGACGAUUCUGUCCAAGCACGUUUUGAACGGAGGCUCCGCAAGAGAGACGCUCUGUGAAGAAGAAGAUAUCCCCAGCGUCAGCGUGUUGCAGCUCGGGGAGUCUACAGCGGAAGAUCGUCCUCAGCGUUCAUUCUGGAGACGAGCUCACAGAGAGCUUGAUUGUGUCGCAACACAGCCAUCCGUAUUCGACGACCCUGCUACUCUUGAGGUGUAUCGCCCUCCUGCGGUCUACGAGAAUGUGCAUCGGUUUGAUCCUGACGCACGCUGGACGUGGCGUGAAGAAUAUCGAAUGGUCCGAAGGAUAGAUUUGGUUAUCAUGAUAUGGGCUUGUGUGAUGUUCUUCUGCAUGGAUCUCGAUCGCUCGAACAUCACACAAGCUAACACCGACAACUUCCUGAACGACCUGCAUCUCACAACGGACGACUUUAAUCUCGGUAACUCCCUGUUCAGGCUGUCUUUUCUCAUCUCGGAACUUCCUUCGCAGCUCAUAUCAAAGAGAGUGGGUCCCGACAUCUGGGUACCCAGUCAGCUUGUCUUGUGGAGUUUCGUGUCUCUGGGUCAGUUCUGGCUGACGGGUCGCACUUCGUUCUUGGCUACAAGAUGCUUGCUGGGAAUUAUGCAGGGCGGCUUUGUUCCUGAUAUCAUUCUCUACCUCUCUUACUUCUACACGAAACGGGAAUUACCAAUACGGCUUGCAUGGUUCUUCGUGUCAAACUACACAGCCCAGCUCAUUGGGGCAUUCCUUGCCACAGGUAUCCUUCGCCUAAAUGGUGUCCAUGGAAAAGCGGGUUGGCGCUAUUUGUUUCUGAUUGAAGGAGGAUUGACGCUACUAGUUGGCUUGAUAUCCUUUUUCAUGAUGCCCGCAGGUCCUACCCAGACCAAGGCCUGGUUCCGGCCCAAAGAAUAG